GGACAUUCGAAGAAAGUUCAAAAACGGAGAUCAAAUCGUUUACGUCUGGAGUUUGGUUUCUCGCACCGAGUAGUGAAUUACUGAAAUUCUCUGCCGGAACACGUAAUACUAGCACAUUCUAUUGAUAUAUUCGAAACGAGAGUGGAACUCCUUAUUGUUGAAAACUGCAAGGAUUAAUAUAGGUCGAUGGACCCCCUAUCCUUAUCACUGAGGUCUGAAAAAAUUGGAUAAUGAUCGCUCUCAAGUACGUUCUUCGGCGGCCUUUUGGUCGAAUUCUACAAAUCACAAUUAACUAGGAGUCAGUUACACGUUGCCUUAGGUCAACUGAUUGAUUCAAGAACGUUCGUGUUGGAGUGUUGAAUGUUAUCUCUAAUUUAUAAGGAAUACCAACAGGAAAAGACUCUUAGAAAAGCUCAGCUGGAAACGAAAAAGCAAACUAUGCUUGUUUCAGUUGAUGAGAUGACAAAUGGAUUAUUAACCAGAAUCGAUGAGAAUGUGUCAAAAGCAUAUAUAAAUCAACAUCGACUAAACAGUGAAUUCAAAGAGUUAAUAACUCAAUUACAUAUUUAUCAGAACCAUGUCAAUGUAUGGCUAAAGCUUGUUUCCGAUAUUCGUAAUGUACUUAAAGAACUGGGUGAUGUUGAAUGUUGGUCCAUGAAAAUGGAACAAGAUGCAAUGCUAAUUGAUAGUUGUCUACAAACAGUGCUCAGUCGUUAUUGAACACUAUUUUUCAUGAUUAUAAAAUUUGAUUUGGUUGUUUUAAGUGUAUACAUUUGGUAAUUUCUAAUUUCCUAUUAUCUUAUUUUAAAAUCAUAGUAUUUACUUGACAUUCAAUCAAAAUGAUAGAAUAAUUGAGCAGAUGGUAUUCUUUUGUAUAUAAAUAAAUUGCAAAAAAUUCUAUGGAUAA